GAGGAAACCGGAGGCCGGAGAACCCGGACACUCUGGAACGAGACACCGCGGAAAAGAUCCGUUCCGGAAUCCGGACAAGGAGCUGGUAUCAUUCAAGGAUGUGUCUGUUGAUUUCUCUCCAGAAGAGCGGGAAUGCCUAGACCCUGCUUGGUGGAAUUUGUAUAGAAAUGUGAUGUUGAAGAAUUACAGAAACCUUGUCUUCCUGGGUCUUGCUGUGUGUAAGCCCUCCCUGGUCACACUGCUGGAGCAGAGACAAGAGCCUUGGGAUGUGAAGGGACAGGAGUCAGGAACCAUGUACCCAGAGAAUAUUUCUGACUGUAACAACUCUGUAAAAGACUUUGAACAACAGCCACAACUUACCAUCCAUCAGUGUGGGCACAGAGAGAAGCCAUACAAGCAUGAAGAAGGUGAUGAAUCAGCUUCCGAUCAGCAUGUCAGGGUGCAUAAAGGAGACAUGCCCUAUAUAUGCAAAGACUGCGGGAAAGCCUUUAAAUACCGCUCAGUCCUCCACCAACACCAUAUACUUCACACGGCUGCAAGACCCUACAAAUGUAAAGAGUGCGGCAAGGCUUUCAAGAGAAGUAGAAACCUCGCUCAGCACCAGGUGACACACAAGAGAGAGAAACCACACAAAUGUGAAGAAUGCGGCAGAGCCUUUACUACGCUCUCUGUCCUUACUCAACACCGUAUCACCCACACCGGAGAGAAGCCCUUCAAGUGUAAAGAAUGCGGCAGAGCCUUUAAAUAUAACUCAACCCUUACUCAGCAUGAAGUCAUUCAUACUGAAGCCAAACCCUACGAAUGUCAGGAAUGUGGCAAAGCCUUCAAGAGAAGCCACACACUCAGUCAACACCAGGUCAUUCAUAAAGGAGAGAAACCGCACAAGUGCGAAGAGUGUGGCAAGGCCUUCAGUAAGCAUUCGUCUCUUACACAACACCAGGUCAUCCACACUGGAGAAAAGCCCUAUCAGUGCAGAGAGUGUGGGAAAGCAUUCAGGUAUCAGUCAACCCUUACCCGGCAUCAAAUUGUUCAUACAGGCGCCAAACCCUACAAAUGUCCAGAGUGUGGCAAGGCCUUCAAUAACAGUUCGACCCUUAGUCGGCACCAGAUAAUCCACACAGGAGAGAAGCCCUACAAGUGUCAGGAGUGUGGCAGGGCCUUUUACUGCUCCUCUUUCUUGAUCCAGCACAUGAAGAUUCAUUUCGAAGAGAUGCCGUACAGGUGCAAAGAGUGUGGUAAGCCCUUCAGGCUCUCCUCCCAGCUUAUCCGACACCAGAGAAUCCACACCGGGGAGGAGCCCUACAUAUGUAAAGAGUGUGGCAAAACCUUCAAGUAUCAGUCAAACCUUACCCGUCACCAAAUACUUCAUACCGGUGCGAAACCCUACAAAUGUUCAGAGUGUGGCAAGGCCUUCAAUAACAGUUCAACACUCACCCGGCACCAGAUAAUCCAUACAGGAGAGAAGCCCUACAAAUGUCAGGAGUGCGGCAAGGCCUUUUACUGCUCCUCAUACUUGAUCCAGCAUAUGAAGAUCCAUUUCGAAGAGAUUCCCUAUAGAUGUAAAGAAUGUGGUAAACCUUUCAAGUGUUCUUCACAGCUUAUCCGACACCAGAGAAUCCAUAGUGGAGAGAAACCCUAUAUAUGUAAGGAAUGUGGCAAGGCCUUCAACUGUACUUCAUAUCUUACUAAGCAUCAGAGGAUCCAUACUGGGGAGAAACCCUACGUAUGUAAGGAGUGUGGCAAGGCCUUCAACUGUUCUUCCUAUCUCUCUAAACACCAGAGAAUUCAUAUUGGAGACAGACUCUAUAAAUGUAAAGACUGUGGCAAGGCCUACUACUUUUCCUCACAACUUAAUCGACAUCAGAGGAUCCAUACUGGCGAGAAACCCUAUGUAUGUCAGGAGUGUGGCAAGGCCUUCAACUGUUCUUCAUACCUUAAUAAGCAUCAGCGGAUCCAUAUUGUAGAAAAACCCUAUGUGUGCAAAGAAUGUGGCAAAGCUUUUAACUGUUCCUCAUACCUUACUAAGCACCAGAGGAUCCAUACUGGAGACAGGUUAUACAAAUGCAAAGAGUGUGGCAAGGCCUACUACUUUUCCUCACAGCUUAAUCGACAUCAGAGAAUCCAUACCAGAGAGAAACCCUAUAGAUGUAAAGAAUGUGGCAAGGCCUUCACUACUUCCUCCAGCCUUGAGCGACACCAGGGAACUCACACUCUACUGAGACCAAACAGUGUAUAGAAUUUGUGUAUGUGUAUAUGUAUGUAAGCAAAGCCUUAAUGGGGAGAUAGUUGUUACUGGGUGUUCCAUAAAAGAGAAAUACCCUGCUCAUGCACUUAAUGUCUUUAACAACUGCACCAAAAGGCCCAUAUAGGAGGGGAGACAAUACAGGUGUAAGGAAUGUGGCAAGACCUUUCAAGGGUGUGUAGCACUGUUUCAGAUUGUGUACUAAACAACCCAUAGCUGAGAACUGUUACAGAUGUGAAAAUAUGGCCUGGCCUCUGAUCACAGCUCUUCUUUAUUGGACAGUAGCAAAUUCAUAUUGGAAAGGGUAUUGUCUUAUGUCUAACCCUCAGGACAGUCUAACCCUAUACCAUAAAUCCCCUCAUAAAAUGAAAAGAUUAACAUAGAUUUCACUAAUACCUCAACAAAGGCAGGAUCUCUGUAAUAGCCCUAGAACUCACUCUGUAGACCAGGCUAGACUCAGACUCACAGAGAUCUGCCUGCCUCUGGGCCCAGAGCGCUGGGACUAAAGGCAUGCCACCCCAGGUCCAGCCCAUACCUCAAAGCUUGGUGUAUACAAAGAAUUAUCGUAGGACAGAAAUCUUACAAAUGCGUAGAAUGUGACAAAGUUUUGAACUGCUGCUUAUCAGUAAUCAGUGGGUGGAAAGAAUGUAUCCUGGGUGUCAGAGUGAUUUGAACUCAUCGUUGAAAGGAUGGAAUAUUUGUUUUACGUCCAAAUUUACUAAGUGACCUCACUUUAAAAACUAUACAAAGCUCAGUCCUCAGGC